AUGUCCACACCCUUGCCCCCGGACCCAUAUGUCGCCCUGAGUCUUAGCAAAGAUGCUACGCCCGCGCAGAUCAAGACGACGUACCGCAAGCUCGUCUUGAAAUGCCAUCCGGACAAGGUCACGGACGAGUCGAAAAAGGCCGAGGCGUCUGACCAGUUCCAUCGCAUCCAACAAGCAUACGAGAUCCUCAGCGACGAAGGACGACGGUCACGCUACGAUGCCCAGAUCAAGAUGGCAGAACUGCGAAAGCAGAACAUGAGCAACAGACCCCCUGUCGAAGUCAGGACCGCUGCCUAUGAAGUGCCUACAUCUGGCCCUGGCCGAGCCACCUUUACCGCCAGAGGACCCGAAAGAGUAUAUGAAGAACGCCGACCUGAGAGAUCCGACUCGGACGACUACUUUGGCGGCGCAACACGAACCACGUCACGAAAACACGAUGAUUACGAACGACAACCUAUCAAGAAGACGGUAGUGCCCCCAAGGGAUGACAGAGAACGUGCCAGAGUGUUGGAACGCGAGAGACGCGAGAGCGAACGAGCAUCACGAACGGAUAAGAGGAGGACGCGUGAUCAAGACACGAAACGCGAAAGAGACAGGAAGUACUCGGCAUACGAUGAUGACAGCGACCCCGACUUGAGACAGGAAGCAGAAAGACGUAGGAGAGCUACCGAAGAGGCCAUCAGAGACAAGGAAAUGCGAGAAAGAGAGAGGGCCAAAUUGGAUCGAGAACGGGAGCGUAGAGAUGACGGCGGUCGCGAGAGGGACGAGUACGAACGCGAACGGGAACGAUCGUCACGUCGAGCAUACGAUGCGCAGCACUACGCGCGGCAGCAAGAAGAAACCCUGGCAUACAUCGGAAGGGAUAAACGACCAUCACUUUCACGCAGCACUUCGGCGGCCACCAAGACCGAGACAUAUGUUGACCGCUCAGGUCGGCCAUCUGCUUUCGUGCGCAGACACUCGGCGAAGCCUGCUGCAUCUCCUCAGCCACGUCGUGAACGCGACAGGAGGCCGAGCGUGCCCGACAUCAUCGAGGCCGACGAACGUCGCUCUGCCACUCGACCUACGACCUUAUAUACCUCGGCAUCCAUGAAGAUAGACGAUCGCAACGUGCCGCCCAUGCCCAUUCGCCGCUCCGAGACUAUGCCCAAUAUCUCUCCUAAGCGUGCCAAGGACUCGAAGCCCUCGACCAUGAGAGAUACCGACUUUUCUGCUGGCUACCCUACGCCCUCGGCAAGUCCAGACUACGCUCCCUCGCCCACCACCUCUUACAAAGCCUAUCACUAUCCCUCUCGUGGGGACGACGACUAUCGCCGUACUGCCGAUCGUGAUUACGAGCGUGAGCGCGAUCGUACCCGCGAACGCCGCAUCCAUCACUCUCCCGAGCCCAUGCGCGAGCCCGUUCGCUCUUCCAAGUCUUCCGCAACACCCCGCUACACUGCCGCCGCUCCACAACCUCCACCGAUUAUGACGAACCCAAGCUAUAGCAGAAGCUACACGACCGAAUCACCAACCUCGUAUACCAAUGCACGACCUUCACCCGUACGCCGCGAGACGCAGCGUGACUAUGAUACACUUCCCAAAGCCGCAGUGCCAAAGGCAAACUCGAGUGUAAAGUAUGAAUACCCCAUUGACAGCGUCCGUGACUACGAAAAGGACCGCCGUAGAGGCAGUCCGAUCGACGAGUACGGUGGCUACUCGAGUCACAGAGCUUCUACCUCUGCUACACGUCCACACUUGCGUCGCCAGCACACGAGCGACUAUACCUCCUAUGCUCCACGCACUCAACAAGUUGCUUAG